GCGAGCGUCUGUCUGCUGUCAUCGGUGACGCUGUGCACUGGCACGGGCUGUGCCGUCCACCCGACAGCGCGACAAAACAGUCUUCGGGGCAGACGCGUCCAACUACGGAGGAACGGCGAUGCAAAUGUCCGCAUGUUGAGCGAAAUUAAGCGUUUUUCGUGCACCGGGGUGUGGGGAAAAACGACGAAAGGAUAGCUUAUGAAAUAUUCAAAGCGCAGACUGCCGUUCCCCCCCCCCCCCCCUCCCUCAUCUUUGAUUCGACACGCAAAGGGGGACUAUAGAGAAUGCCAUGAGACGCUGCUACGACCGAAAUAGGGUUGGAUUGUCCUGAACAUUGCCUCGGUGUCUUCUGAUGGGAAAAUACAGAAAAACCAGCACACAGAUCUGAACAGAAUAGCUACCGACCGCGGACGCAAUCAGACACAAACCGGCGUCAUCACUUUCCUCCGAUCACGCCUUUCGGUCUUUUCGAGAUGAUCCCUGCCAAAUUAAGCUGAAGGUUGUUCAUAAAAUAUCUCCGUAGCACACAUGGGACAGCGUUUGAUCUUAAGGUAGACAUUGGUACUGCUUUUUUUUAUUAUUAAUCUCCUGCGCAAUUCAGCUCCCAGAGUCCAAUGUCAUUUCGACACCACGGGAGCUAACGUAUUACGCAAGGACGAAAGCAGGCGCUUCGCGGAUGUGUUUGCAGCGGUGAUGCAUAAGACGAACCUCUGCACGGAGAGGUUUAGGGUCGGACACACGGGGACGUGAGCUUCCCCAGAGACACCAGCGGACGGAUUCAGACCCGUUGGCAGGACAGACGAUUGGACAUUGUCGCGGAUUUUGCAAGCCUAUCCCAACAAGUGAUGCUUGGAGACGGUAUGACCAAUUUAGCGAGCGCAUUUGAAAGCGCUGUUGUAUUAUGGACACACGUAAACUGCCCUGCCUCCGCGGAUUGAAUAACGGUAAACAAACACGCCCAACAUUGAUCUGCCGUCAUAUGCCAGCUACCGCGGCGGUUUAAGGGGCUACUGGAGGUCAUCCCUCAAAGAAAUCACAACAAAGCCAUUAGCGCGACGAGUGGACAUCUUGAGGCGAUGUUGCCGGCCGCCGACGCUGCGAAGAUCUACCAGACCAACUACGUCAGGAACUCCCGGGCGAUCGGCGUACUGUGGGCGAUAUUCACCAUCCUCUUCGCCAUCGUCAACGUGGUGUGCUUCAGCCAGCCGUACUGGAUCGGCGAUGGCGUGGACACGCCGCAGGCCGGCUACUUCGGCCUCUUCCACUACUGCGUGGGGAACGGGGUGUCGCGCGACCUGACGUGCCAGGGCAGCUUCACCGAGUUCGGCUCCAUCCCGUCGCGCGCGUUCAAGGCCGCGUCCUUCUUCAUCGGCAUGGCCAUGAUGCUGGUGAUCACCUGCAUCGGCUGCUUCGCCCUCUUCUUCUUCUGCAGCACGGCCACCGUGUACAAGAUCUGCGGCUGGAUGCAGCUGGCCUCCGGAGCGUGUCUGGUGCUGGGCUGCAUGAUCUUCCCGGACGGCUGGGACUCUGAUGAGGUGCGGAGGAUGUGUGGGGAGCGCACGGAUAAGUACAGCCUGGGCGCGUGCUCCGUGCGCUGGGCCUACAUCCUGGCCAUCAUGGGCGUGCUGGACGCCCUCAUCCUGUCCUUCCUGGCCUUCGUGCUGGGCAACCGCCAGGACGGCCUGAUGACCCAGCAGCUGCUGGCCGACUGCAAGGACAGUGGAAACGCCUAAUCCAGGACGUCGUGAUAUUUGUGGCCGCCAGUAGGGGGCAGUGUUGCAUGGUUCAGAGGAUGGCCGUCCCAGCGAUGGAAAAAGAGAAGAGGAGCGAGAGAAGAGGAGGAAGAGGAGGAAGAGAGGAGCAGUGACUUCAGCAGAGGCCCACAGAACUCUCUCAACCAAAUGUAAAGAGACCCCAUUAUCUUCAGAACCUUCUCAGCAGCCAUUACCUCAUAUACACACACACACACACACACACACACACACACACACACACACAGGUAACCUUUUAUCAAAUAAAACCCAGACGGGGAAAAAAAAACAAAAAAAAGAAAAAAAAAUUUAGCCACAGGCAUAUCUAUAACUUGUAUUUCUGAAAACUCACCUGCGGUCUAAUAGUUAGUCAAGCACAAAAUGUGUAUUUCCUUUAUAAAGCCAGAGUGUGUUCAUGCGUUUGAAUCAGCCCCAGUGUGGCAGUAUUUUAGGAGGGGCGGAAGGGGGGGUUGACUGAGCCUCUGAAUUAAUUGCACCAGUGUUCGCCCCAGCAGGGCUCAUUCUGGUCUAGCAGAAGACCACAGCGCCCCCUUUAGGCUGGGCUGUGUACCUGCAGGCAUGACACCAGGCAGCCUGGGGGCUCAAAAGCAGGAGAACAUCGGUGUAAAACUAUCCCUGCGAUCGCUGAACAACCACAGCAUCAUUCUGCAUCUGUACAAGUCCGUGAUAGUUUCGCAUAUUCUAAGAAUCUACUUUGUAUACGCAGACGUAAAAAAAAAAGACAUCCGAUUCAUGCAUUGUUGUGUAAAUAGUUCGUGAAAAGUAUUUGGCCAAAAUGCACCAUUUGCCCCCCCCCCCCCCGAGUUAGUUUGAAAACUCUAACACACAAUCUAGCGGACAGAUUACGCAACAUACCACACAACAUGUCAAUCUGUCCCACACAUUGUAAUACACUAUUAAAAAAAAGCAGUAACAAUGUUGAUUAGCUAUGUUGAACGUGUUCAUAAUUUCUCAUCUUAAUAAACCUUAACGCUAAUGUGAUACAGGGUAUUGUAAAUAUAUAGAUUUUAUUUUUUAUUUACUUGUGCGAUUAUUGUAUAUCCAGCUAAUGCUGUUGUGCAUUUCUGUGGUUCCUGUCAGGGCUGGUGUGGGUGCAGGUCUCUGUGUUAGCCCAUGUUCAGCACCGACAAAAUGUAGAAAAAUGUUUAUUUGAACAGAAACGGACUGACGUAGCAUGGUUUGCUGCUAUGGCGUCUGAGAAGGCCACUCUGUACGUUCUCCAGGAUUCAGGCCUCCGUCAGUACUGAAUCGGGCUACACCCCCCGACACAGCCACCUAACGGGAGAGAAGAUCCCUCCAAAACCUGUCGUAAAACGCUGCACACCUUUAGGGGGAAACCUGUCGUUCAACACAGAGACUGCAGCACGACGGAGCGUGCCCGAUUCUACUGAUGGGGGUCCGGAUUGGUACCGAUGGUUCAUUAGCAUCAGGUUGGGCUGAAACAGAAACCUGCAUCCAGCCCUGUGCAGGAGGAUCGUUUUAGAGACCCAGCACACGCUAAAUUUAGGAGGAUCUCAUGCACAUCCGUGAACAACGUGGGGGGGGGGGGGGGGGGGGUGGCAGCUAGUGACACAAACACACAUCCGGUCUUGCGUGUGCGUGUGUGUGUGUGUGUGUGUGUGCGCGGAGCAAGCACAUGCUUUUCCGAGGGCUGUCUCCAUGGAAACGCAGGCGUAGAGCCCUGGUGGAUGCGCUGUUGUCAUGGAACAGGAAGGGCCGCGGGCUAUGCUGACGCAGCAGAACACAGGGACCCGACACAGGUGUGGCCAGCGCAGGGCUCUGCACCUGAGUAGAUUAGAGACAGUGACGCCCACAGGGCAGCAGGAAGUGCAUUCUCUUUGGUAAAUAAAAACACGUAUUUGUGUGUAUGCUUGUGUGCUAGGGGGAAGAAUCUGAUACACGGAGCAUAGGGGGGAAAGGGGGCUUUUUGAGCAUGAAUAUAGGCACCAUUGGGGGGAGGGGGGAGGAUCUUCAGAUCAAUUGGCGAAACAGAAAACCAAAACGCUGGCGCCCCUGGUUCUGCACAGCAGCCAGUCAGAGGGGCGAGUCUGCCCCACUACAUCUCAGCCCCCAUGACACCCACCUGCUCCACUGAGCCCUGGUCCUGCAGAGCUGCAGGCUCUGCCGGUUUCAGUUACCACCUUAAAAUCAGCACCCUGUUGAGACGCAGGUAACCAGUUGAGGGGAGUUCACCGUGUAAUCAACCGCUCUGAUGGAUUAAUUAAGUGCACAGUAACAAUGGAAGCCAGCACACCCUGCAGCACCAGGGCUGGGCUGAUGGUGGGGGUGGGUUAUCACAUCUGUAUGUACAUCACUGUAAAUAUCCAAUACAUAUUCUACUAUUAUUAUUAUUGUAAAUAAAACUGAAAGUAAAUAAAGGUUUCCAUCAUAUGA